AAACCGAAACUACAAAAAAUAAAAAAUAAAUAAAACAAAAAAGAUUCAAAGGAAUAGUUUACCCUGGGUCUUCAUUUACUUCCAACCCUGUAUGACUGUCUUUCUUCCAUGCAACACAGAAGAUGAUGUUAGACAGAAUGACAUUCGCAUUCAUUUACAUGGGAAAAGUUGAAAUGAAAGUGAAUGGUGACUGAGACCGUCAUUCUGCUCAACAUUCUGCUUUGUGCUGUACGGAAAAAGGCAUGUGGUGAAAUGUGUAGAAAGAUACGUGUCUCAUUGGUCACAUGCGCGCUCGGGAAUAAUGGCUGCACAGGAACCCUCACCACCAUCUUCAUUAGAAGGCAACAAACCUGGCUUCCCCAAGAAAAUACUCGCCAACAAGCUGGAGGACAAGCAUCUGUGCAAUAUAUGUCUGAAAAUCCUUAGGAGACCGUUUCAGGCGCAGUGCGGACAUCGUUUCUGUUCAUAUUGUUUUACUAAAGCAGUGAGCUCCGGACCACAGAAAUGCAGUGCCUGUAUAAAAGAAGACAUAUUUGAAGAACCAACAUCGAUUUUAAAACAGGGCUGUGCUUUUCCUGAUAAUGCUGCCAAGAGAGAAGUUGAAGCUCUUGAAGCUGUUUGCAUCAAUGAGGAAUGUAGCUGGACAGGCACCAUCAAAGAAUAUGAGGCAAACCAUGAAGGAAAGUGUGACUACAGGAUCCUUCCCUGCCCAUCAUGCAAAGAGCUUCUGAGAGCCAAUGAAGUUGAACGUCACAAUGAGAGAGAAUGCCCAGAAAGGACUCUUAAUUGUAAAUAUUGCAAGGAGCCUUUUCAUUUCAAAAACAUUAAGGCCCAUGAUGAGAUAUGCCCUAAAUACCCCAUGAUUUGUGAAGGUUGUGCCAAGAAAAAAAUUCCAAGAGAGAAAUAUGUGGACCACAUUAAACUGUGCACCAAAUUCAGAACACCUUGCAGAUUUCAUGUUGUAGGCUGUGAUAUGACGGUGGAAAAGGAGAAGAUCCACGACCACGAGCAAGCCUGUUCCUAUGAGCACUUAAACCUUCUGCUGCAUUUCAUCAUGGGCAUCAAGGUGAACUUGGAGAGUCUGCAGCCUCAGAAUUUGGAGCUGGCCAGCCAUAAGAUCCAUGAGCUGCAUCAGUCUCUGCGGGAGCUGGAGCUGAAGAUGGGCCAGCUGAGUGGAGCAGGGGCUCCCGUGCAGGGGGCCUGCGCACAGCUGCCUCUACCACCGGCUCCAACGCUGGGUACUUCUUUCACCCCCCUCCCUACUGCUGUUGGGGCAGCGUUGGAGCUGCAGCUACACAGCGAGAAGACCAAAGUGGUGGAGCUUAGCCGCCGCUGUCAGGAGCUGGAGCUGAAGGUAAGCACCUUUGAGAACAUCGUCUGUGUGCUUAACCGUGAGAUGGAGCGCUCCGCCACCACCAUGGAGGCCUAUAACCGCCAACACCGGCUUGACCAGGACAAGAUUGAGAUACUCAACAACAAGGUACGGCAGUUGGAAAGGACGGUGGGCCUUAGGGAUCUCUCCAUCGUGGAGAUGGAGGCAAAGAUGAGGGAGAUGUCUGCUGCCACAUACGAUGGUGUCUUUGUUUGGAAGAUCUCUGACUUCUCGAAGAAGAGACAGGAUGCUGUAGCCGGACGGGCACCUGCUAUGUUUUCACCUGCAUUUUACACAAGCAAAUAUGGCUAUAAGAUGUGUUUGCGCAUCUAUCUGAAUGGGGACGGGACGGGACGUGGUACUCACUUGUCUCUGUUCUUCGUGGUGAUGAGGGGACACAGUGAUGCCUUGCUCAAGUGGCCUUUCAAUCAGAAGGUCACACUCAUGUUGCUGGAUCAGAACAACAGGGAGCACAUCAUCGAUGCCUUCCGGCCAGACAUUUCCUCUUCCUCCUUCCAGAGGCCUGUGAGUGACAUGAACAUUGCCAGCGGCUGCCCUCUCUUCUGUCCUCUUUCCAAACUAGACUCCAAGAACUCCUACAUCCGAGAUGACACUAUCUUCAUCAAGGCCAUUGUUGACCUCACAGGCCUUUAAAGUGUCAGAUGUUGCUGCUCCGCCAUACUCCUUUCUCCAGCCUGUAGUGGUUCCCAUGCAGUACUUUUUUCCGGAGGCACGUUUCCUCAGUCUGAGCUCCUUGCCGUGCUUGGCUGAGCCCAAAGAGACUACGGUACCCAGUGCAAUGCUGCGCUGGGCGUGACGCCACUCUGCAUUAUGUACCAAAAUCGUUCCCAGAGUUUGUGCAGUUCUACUGUAAUAUAGUUACCCUUUGGGAACCUCUCACUCUCUCGUAGUGGGAUAGCUGUCAGCUGUGAUUGUAACGUAACUACUUGCCUGUGCCAUAGAUGUGGCACCUUGCCUUUUAUAGAGAUUGAGAAGACUUUCUCCACAAGACAGACGUCAUUUCAUUUCCAAGCGCUGAGCUUGUGUCGUGCUCACUAUUUGGGUACUUUUUCCUUUCCUUAGUGUUUGAGCUACUUGUAAGUGAAUGUUUCAUGCGUAGACGGACAUGGAGUCACACUAAUGAAUGAUGUCGAUGCGUUCAUUUUGCGACCGCAUAGUUAACUUGCUUCAUGCUCUGAGUAAACGCAUCGACAGUCUUCUGACAUUCCCUUUUAGCAUUGUGUGCCUCGAAUGUUUCUCGUUUUCAUUGGUUCUCUGUAGUGGUGGACAUUGCUUGAAUUCCCAAAGUCCCAAGUGCAGAAUUUGGGUUUUGAUAACCUGCUUGUGAGUUGAGGAGUUUGUGUGUGUGUGUGUGAAGGUGUGACUUGAUUUUUGGCCUUCGUUUCCAUUUUCGGUGUUCUUUGAUGUAUUAGUUUGCAUGUUGGAUCUGUGGAAGAUACAUUCAAGUUAGCAGCAGACCAGGUUUACACCCUGAGCCUGAGAAGCGAAGGCAGUUUCAUUGUAAAAUCACAGUCGAAGACAAAACAACUAAAUCACGCUGGUGUUAAAAUCAUCCAGUUUUCCUUUGGACCUCAAAUGCCUCAUCAGCCGACGUGGUUAUACACGAAUCAAAGGCGCAGCCUUUAGCCUAAAGGUAGUGUAAGUAGGACAGAUAAUCUCAUGUGCUUUAUUGUGACGUGGAAAGGCUGAUGUUUGUUAGCAUUUUGAUGUUUUCCUGUGUUUUUGGGUGUUCUGUUGAUAUUGUGUUGCUUUAGGCAAACAUUAUGGAUGCCAUUAAAACUAUAUGACUUGCUUCGGACCAUGUCGAUCAGUAUAAACCAAGCAAGUGUUUAAGAACUCGUAGUCCGUGAUUCCUGUCGUCUUUAUCCCAGAAAGACUGUGGGGUUUGCAUUCUGUAAAUGUGCUAGAAAAUGAGGAAUGUGAUUUGUUAUGCCAUUUUGAAGUAGCCUUAGUCCUUAAUAGACAGACAGUUCAAUGCAUUUUAUCCAUGAGAUUUUUUUCUUUUGGUUUAUUUGCAACCAGAGAAGAAAUUUAUUAAACUUAUACAAUGCAUAACUCCUACAUAAGGGCUUUUAGUAUACAGUAUGUCUUCCAUGUAAGCUUUUCAGUCUGGUUAUUUUCUGAGAUGCUUUUUAAAGAUGCCUUUAUGCUAACAAAGCACCUGGACCCAACCUAUUUUCAAACCAGUUCCCACAGAUAUCGAAACCUCUCUGUGCAUGAGAUGUUUUGAUAGAGAAGAAAAAAAAAACAUAUUGUAAAUUAUUGGUUUACUUUGUAGACCAACAUUUUAUUUGUAUUUCUUUACCUUUUUAUCUGUUGAUUGAGAUUCAGUAUAUGACAGUUAUAAAUGUGAGUGUGGUAUAUUGUUUAAGUAUAAAUAGAUAAACUAUACAGUGUACACAGUUUUACGACUGGUGUAGCUGUGGAUAUAACAAAUAUGAAACAUAAAUAUAUAUUAUAGAUUUAUAUAGAUAAUAAAUGUACUAUUUCCUGUUGGGAUGGUUUCAAAAUGUGUUCGGGCUCAUUUUGGGCUUUGGUAAGUUCUCCUUCACUUUGGCAGCAUCCUCUGAGGGAAUGAGAUUUCGAAAGAUCUUCCGGGUUUUUCCUCACUCUCUCAAGAACCUGUCUACAUGGCUAAAUCUCACCGCUGUAGAUUUCCCAGCUUGCUUUUUGCCCCAAUGAGAUUUCAAAGUACUUGUGUGAAUAGUUCUACAGGUGUGAUGUGCCUCUGUAGCAUAACUGCUUCUAUACAAAUGUUCUCUAUACAUAUCUUUAGCUAACAUUGCAUGUGGCCAGGGUGUUGUAUUGUAAAUCAUAUUAAUAACAUUCUUUAAGAUUUUUGGAAAACAUACUUAUUAUUUAGCUAUUUUGAGUAGCAGUCACUUGAUUUAAUAGUAGUAGUGCACACAUUUUAGCUUGUGCAAUUAUACAAGUGUCCUUCCUGUUCAUGAGUGUAAAAUCUACUUGUUUGCAUUCACUCGAUCUGGGCUCACAUUCAUACGCUGAAGAGGUGAAUAGGAAAUGCUUGACCUUGUGUGGGUGAGAACCCUCUUUAUCUCUAAGAAAUAAUGUGUUAAGUGACUCUGACUUGCGUUUUAUUUUUGGAUAAGCAUACUCUACACUAGAAAUGAGCUAUUUUUUAAGUUUUUGCAUACCGUCGAGAUUAAAACUCACAGAAAUAAUAAUUUAUGGAAUCCAGGACAGAUUUUUUUUUUUUCUUUAUCAGCUGACUAAGAUUUGUAUACUUUUACUUCUGUAUACUUUUUAUUCCUGAGGUUGCAUUUCAUAGAGGUUGCUUUAAUAAUCAAACUUUCUACGUAACUUUGUAUGCCUUUCUCAUGGUGUCUCAGUGCCACUGAUCUUCCUGAUUCUGUUUUACAGAGCUAGAGAUGUUACUGUGAAGGCACUGUGGGUUUCUUCCGCAAAUUGUGGUAGUUGAUGUGCCAAGGAAGGAACCUCUGUGUGAUUCAUCCUGUGUUUAUGGUUUAAUCCUCAGUGAUAUCUAAAAUAAAGUCUUUUCUGUUCUCUUCUUUCUCCA